AUGGCAACACAAAGCACGAACGGCGGAGCAGCCGAGCAGUUCGGUUUAACCGACAAACCGAACCGAGGAACCGUAGACCGAAGCCUUCGGUUUCUUGUUUUGCUAUACACCGAUCGGUUCUCAUUUCUUGCAAACCGAAUUUUGUGGAAACCGAAUAAACCAAACCGAAUCGUCGGUUUCAACCGAACGCCCAGCCCUACUGUUAGAGCUCUCCCGGCCGCCGCGCGGAUCUCUCCCGGCCGCGGCGCAGAGCUCUCCGGCCUCGCCUUCAUCAACGCUGAGAAGCUAGUGCUGCACAUCCCUACGCCUGCAAGAAGCUCCAGUGCCAGGCCGCCUUUGUCAACGCCGAGCAUAUGCAUCUGUCAACUGAGAGGAUGUCUAAUAGCGAAAGUGUGGCAUUACUUCCUGAAAGUGCUGGUGAAGUUGCACAAACUUCCAAUCGCAGCAGGAAGAGAUCUGCAGUUUGGCAAUAUAAUGAAGAAUUACCUAAUGAAGGAGAGGCAAAAUGCAUCCAUUGCGGCUCAAAAUUUGCUUAUCACAAAGGAUUAGUGAUGCUCUAAGUUGUAGUACUGUGUUGGCGAUGGUUGCAGGUCGUUGGGUGUCCAAUGGAUUCUCUAGGCAUAAUGGUAAUUUUCUCCCCUAGAAUCAAUCUUCAGUUUGCUGUUGGAGACAUUGUAAACUACUGAUGUAAGCUCUUCUUUUUACAGCAAUUCAGUUCUUUUCUCUCUCUUUUUUCUUC